GCUGCGGGGAGAAGCGAGAAGGACGGACGCGCAGCGAAAGCGCACGGAGGAGCACAGAGGAGCCGCCGGGAGGAGUCACACAAAGAGCCUCACACACACACACACACACACGCACACACGCGCGCGCGGGCGCGCACACAUCAAAGCACACUCACACACCUCACACAAACCAAGAGACCGCCGUCUCCCUCCACUUCAGCCGCGCUUUCCUCCUCCUCCUGCCUUUCUCUUUCUGCUGGGAUGCGCCGACCGAUGACCCUGAAGAUGUAGAAGGUCUCCGUGGUACCUGGACUGGAGCAUCUCAAAAAGAGUGCGAGGAGGAGUACAGGCUCUAACACGGCCCAUCCUGCGUUCCCUUGCUUCGUUUUCCAGCAUCUCGAUGCUCUCCCCGCGGCUGGACGCCACCCAUCGAUUUUUAAUGGAAUAAUAAAAUUCUUCUCCAAGGAUUCCGUGACUUGAUACCGCGCACGUGGAUCUUCUCCAUCAUGAUGGUGCUGUCCAAACGGCCCUGCUUCUGUCGGGCCAUUUCCAGCCACUUCUCUCUCAUCUCGGCACAACUUUGGGGGCUCUCCUCAUUAUAGGAAUACCAUCAUCAUCAUUAUUAUUGUUAUUAUUAGAAUUAUUAUUAUUAUUCUUGCAAAUUCCAGCAGCAACUCCAGCCGCAGCUCGCUAGAGGACUUUGACAUCGGUUAGGAAAGCAUCAUCUCCGGGUUACUAUGCAAUUAAAACUGAUCUCCAUAAUUUUGAUCUUGCACUGUAUGGAAUACACUGACUGCCAGCAGCACCCCUCCAGACACCGGCAAAGCAAACAGAGUCCUGGGGUGAACUGGGGUUGCCAUGGCGGCUGUCUAACCUGCUCGGACUCCAACGGCUGCCUGUCCUGCAAGCCUCGCUUCUUCUUCUUCUUGGAGCGGAGCGGCAUGCGGCAGGUGGGCGUGUGCCUGUCCUCCUGCCCCAGCGGCUAUUACGGCACGCGCUCCCGCUCGCCCGACAUCAACAAGUGCACCAAGUGCGGACUGUCGAACUGUGACUCCUGCUUCAACAGGAACUUCUGCAUGCGCUGCAAAGCCGGGUUCUACCUGCUGCAGGGCAAGUGUCAGGAGACCUGCCCCGAAGGGCUCGUACCCAGCGACACGCAGAGAGAAUGCGUCCUUGACUGCAGCGCGGAGUGCGACACCUGCCUCAAUGGUGACACCUGCACCAAGUGUAAGGCGGGUCUAUACCUCCUCAAGGGGAAGUGUCAGCACUCCUGUCCGGUGGAGUUAGAACCCAAUGAGCAGCUCGCAGAGUGCAUCCCGAAAGUGCACUGUGAAGUGGGCGACUGGGCGGAUUGGAGCCCUUGCUCUCGAAAGGGCAAGACGUGUGGGUUCAAGCGGGGCGAAGAGACUCGGAGGCGGGACAUUCUGCGGCCGCCCUCCCCCCACGGCGAUCCCUGCCCGCCCACCACCGAGACAAGGCAGUGUGUUGUCAAGAAGAAGAAGAAAUGUCCAGAGCGACGGAGGGGAAUGAAGAGGCAGCGGAAUCAGAGGAGGGAGAAGGAGGGUCAGGAGAGUCAACCGGAGCCCACGGAGGCAGGGGAGGUGGGCGACCGCGAGGGUCUCGAGAGCCGCAACAAGACGGAGCACCGGCAGAGGCGAGGACACAGCAGGGACCUGGUCCUGCCAGCAGGGGGUGCUGUGCGCUAAAGGCUUUUUGGGCACCUCCUGUCCUUCACCCUCGCUUCCCUGUGGAGGAGCUGCUGCUGCUACCUGUAUAGUUUCAGUAUAUACUGUUAAUACGCAUGGGGCAUGGGGCACGGGGCACAUGCCGCGCAGGGUGAGAAGGCCCUGAAGAACCCACCCAGCCAUCCAUCCCCACCUCCCCCCUCCGGCCCCUUCCUUUCCUUUCGGCCAUUGUGGACGGCAGAUCGGACUGCGAGAAAGAAAGCUGGCUGUGCGCUCGGUCAGCACUUUCAGGAGUGGAUCACGAACACAGGACGCUUUCUUUCCCCUAGGAAAACAGCUCAAAACCCCCGUGGAAAGGGGUCGGUUUCAGCAUUUUGUCAAGCUUCGAAUGUAGGAUUUAUGACAUUAUUUAGCUUUGGGGUCUAGGCGAGUAGAAUAAACGGAGGAGUGAGGGGAAGCGGCGCGCCUGCCUGCAUCGAUGGCCUCCGCGCCGGCGGAAAGCAGACCACGAGCGGAGCGACGGUAACGGUAAACACGGCGGAUCCUUCUCGCCAACGGGGUGAGAAGAGCCAGGGCUGCUUCCUACCCAAAUCUUUUCGUUGCAUCUUUGUCCAUUCUCUGCAGAACAGAGUGCUGGUUUGCCUGUUUGUAUCAGUAGGUUAUGUGUGACGUCACCUUAAAGCAUUCAA